UUUCAUAACAGAAGCCUGCCUGUUGUUUUGGUGCGGAUAUACGGGAGACGGAGGAGUGACAGAGGGAGGGGGAGAGAGGGAGGGGGCAGAGAUCGCUGGUUUUGGGUUCUGCUAGUCAGGGAGAGGGAAUUUACCCGAACAAGAUCCGUCCUCACUAUCAUCAUAGUCGUCAAUUCACCGAGACAAACCCUAACUUUUAUUCUUUAAUUCGUUUUUGUCUUAAGUUCUAUUCGACCACCUCAUCGAUUCAUUAAUCUCGUUAUUUUAUUUGAUGCUCUGGGUCAUACGCUGAUCAAUCUCUUCGCGGUUCUACAAAACUUGAAAACCCUAAUUGGAAAUGGUUACCGCACCUGAUUCUUCUUCUAACCAUCACUCGCCGACUAGUACUGGGGAUACCAAUAGCCCUAAGUUCCCGCGGAAAAACUUGCCCUCCCCCUGGGCUCAAGUCGUCAGGGGUGGUGAGUCCGAAUCACUCUCCAGCAUUCGCCAAUCGCCGCCAUCAUCCUCAUCAGCUUUUUCCUCCUCUUCCUCUCUGUCCUCCCUCAUUACUUCCGUGUUCGAUCAUCCGUCAGCGUCUGAUUCCAAUCCGAAGGUGGCUCCUCGUUCCCCGCCGCUGGAUAAUUCUAAUACGGCUGCCGCUGAUAUCUCUGAUGCUAGUAACGGCAAUGCAGCUCGUUCUAAGAAAACUGCUUGGAACAAGCUGGCUAACGGCGAUGUCGAGGUUAGCCCUGUAAUGGGUGCUGUCUCCUGGCCUGCGCUGUCUGAAUCCACCAAGGCUCCGGCUAAAUUGCCUGCUGAAUCGUCUUCCAAGGCUUCCACCGAUGGAUUACUCCCCAGUUCUCAGGAGCCUGUUACUUCACACACCCCUCACAAACAAGCUGCUAGUAAUGCAAAACCUAAUUUCGCAACAAACCAUAGCACAUAUAAUAGACAAAGAACGAUGAUGAAGCGUGGAAGUGGCAGUAACAUUGGAGCUGGUCCUGCACAAAAUAGCUUCCCUAAUCCUCCCCAGCCCCCACCGCCGCCACCUUUUCCGGUACUUCAGAUCCCUCCAAGUAAUUAUAAUACUGUGGUACCAGGGGCUCCUGAUCCUUCCUCAAGAGAGCUUCUUUACAAAAAGAAUAGCUGGGAUCCUAGGCCCCCAGUUGGGGGUUUUAUGCCUGUUGUGAAUGAUCAUCGGAAUUCCACCCGCAGGGGCAAUUUUGGGCCCCAUUCACGUAUUGAUGGUUCUUAUCAUAACAAUUAUGGGGGCAGACGUGAUCAGGAUCGAGGAAAUUAUGCAAAUAGUAGGGAUGCUCAUGUAAAUCAACAGAGAAUGCCUCCUAGGGGAUUGGUGAGGCACUUGCCACCUAAUACUGCUGCAUUUGUGGCUCCUCAGCCCGUAGCACCCUUUGCAAACACUGUGGGUUUUCCUGAGUACUAUUAUUUCCCAACGCUACCAUUGGAACCCUUUAGGGGUAUGCCAUUCUUUACCCAUAGCCCUCCUUCUGCAAUGUUCUUUCCUGUUGCAGAAUCACCCCUGGCCAAUAUGAUAGUGAAUCAAAUUGAUUAUUACUUCAGUGAUGCUAAUCUAGUAAAAGAUGAGUAUUUAAGGUCCAAUAUGGAUGAACAGGGUUGGGUUUCAAUUAGUUUGAUAGCAAGCUUUCCUCGGGUUAAAAGUCUGACAAGCAACAUUCAGUUGAUACUGGAUUCACUAAGAACUUCCACCAUUGUAGAAGUACAGGGUGACAAGUUGAGGAGGCGUAAUGAAUGGAAGACAUGGCUGCCAUCCUCUCAGGCUCAACUUCGGGUUGAUUCUGCUUUGGCGUCUCCUGGCGGAUCCAAUCACAAUAGCCUGGUUGGUGACUUUCAGAAGAUCACCCUAGAAGAAUCAACCACCGAUUAAGUUUGUUCAAACCCCACCUCAGAUGUCUAUCCAGCAAAAUCUGCAGCCAAGGCUUCUAGUCAGAUAGAACUCCCAAAUGCAACUGGCAUUGCCAAUUGAAACUGGACAUAAUCAAUGCACCCCACCCUAAAAUUGUUAGCCCUAAUCCAGCAUCCAGCCUCGGGCAAUACCACAAUUUCUUUUUUUCUUUUUACCUUUUUUUUAGGGUGAUUGGAAGUCAGGCUUUUCUGGAAUAUGAGUCCUUCUUCAGUCACUGAGCUCGAUUUUGGUAGUAAUUUAUAUAUCAAGUAGGGGGAAUAAUGAUUUAUUGAUCACUACUACGAUCUGAAGAUAAAGUUGAUGAGACAAAAGGAAUUUAGAUUUUUGAUUGAUGCAGAUUUCAUGAGGUUAUUGAUUUGUACAGUUAAUGUUUUGGUUUGGAUGAAUUUUUUUACCAUGAUUUUCUGGAUCCA